UGUGACCCCCUCUCAGGCCUCGGCCCUCGUCAGUCGUCGACCGCAACUCGCGGUAUCUAGUUGUUAUUUAUCGCUGUCCGUUGUGCUAGCGCGCGUUUCUACUUUCCGUUAGUAAUAAUUAUUAUCGGAGUAAAAAAAAAACCCCGCGCAAACCUCGAUACGUAGGGGGGAAAUUACGUAAAUUUUCAUUUUCUUCAUUUCUUUUUUUUCUUCACGACAAUCUAUUAAAUAUUCUUGUGCGUUUUUUUUCUCUAAUGAGUACGUCUAGUUUGUCCACGUGACGACCGCCUUCGGCUUAUCGACCGAACACAUGCGAACGUUAUCGUCCGCUUACAAUAUCCGGCAAAAAAAGGGUUACCACGCAAAAAUCGAAUAACACACCGACGGCCGAAAAGGAUUAGCACAAAAAAUCUAGUAUGGAUGCCGGUAACAAAAAGGAGCGGCCUCCACACCCUCGAGCCAACGCCAACAUAUUUGAAGUCCUCUCAUUUUGUUGGACGUUAAAACUUUUCAGACUAGGCAGAAAAAAAGAUUUAGAAGUAAGUGAUCUGUAUACAACCCUAGACGUUCAUUCAUCUUCAUCUUUAGGAAAUGAAUUAGACAAGCGAUGGCGAACAGAACUAGAAAAUGCGAAAAAGUCGAACCGUAAACCGAGUCUAUUGAGGGCUUUGUUUAAAAUGUUUGGGGCCAAGUUAAUUUUGCUUGGGUUGUGUCUCGCGUUUGUAGAAACCGUAUUAAGAAUGACACAGCCUCUGUUCAUCGGCGGUCUGUUAUCCUAUUUUGCCACAAACGGGCCAACCGGCACCACCUUAACUGAUGCUUACUAUUAUGCAUCGGGUUUGGUAUUCAGCAUGUUUCUUACGAUGGUGAUGUACCACGCGACACAACUAGAAAUCAUUCACACAGGGAUGAAGAUACGAGUGGCAUGCUGUUCGGCAAUAUUUUACAAGGCUCUUCGGUUGAGUAAAACUGCUCUGGGCGAGACCACAGUCGGUCAAGUAGUGAAUCUGCUGUCGAACGACGUCAACCGUUUCGACAUUGCUGUGAUAUUUCUCCAUUAUUUGUGGAUUGGACCGUUGGAAACGAUCUUGGUGACUUAUUUCUUAUGGCAAGAAGUGGGCGUGUCUUCUAUAUUCGGAGUGGCCGUGUUGCUCUUGUCGAUUCCGCUACAAGGUUGGAUGGGCAAAAAGACGUCGGAGUACCGAAUGAAGACGGCCAUUAGAACUGACGAGAGGGUCCGUCUUAUGAACGAAAUCAUAAGUGGCAUACAAGUGAUCAAAAUGUACACGUGGGAAAAGCCUUUCGCUUACCUCGUCGAGUACGCCAGAAAAAAAGAAAUAAAACAAAUCAGAGGCGCCUCGUACAUCAGGGCCAUACUCUUGUCUUUCAUUGUAUUUCACACCAGAAUAGCGUUGUUCGUCAGCAUACUCAGUUACGUACUGCUUGGAAACUACAUCACUGCCCAAAAAGUAUUCGUCAUUACUUCUUACUACAACAUAUUGCGGACAACCAUGACUGUGUUCUUUCCACAAGGUAUCGGUCAAAUUGCCGAAAUGCUGAUAUCAAUUAAGCGGCUUCAGAAUUUCCUCAUGUAUGAGGAAAAAGACAACCAGGUGGCCAAUCUUUCUAAAGCAGACAAGGCUAGAACCAACGGCGUAAGAAAACCCAUAGUGAUCAACCAUGAAAACCAUGAAAACAAGCAGACCGAAGAUAUAAGCGAUACUGAAUUGGGUAUAGUGGUAUCCAACGUGACGGCCAAGUGGACGGACGCUCAGAUAGAGAACUCUUUAGAAAACAUUAACCUGACCGUCAUACCUGGACGGUUGGUGGCCAUAAUCGGACCAGUGGGAGCCGGAAAAAGCUCUUUGUUACAAGCCAUUUUGCGAGAACUGCCGCUUUCUAAUGGUGAAAUCUCUGUCAAUGGUGUCAUAUCGUAUGCGUCUCAAGAGCCAUGGCUGUUUGCUGGAUCGGUACAGCAAAACAUUCUGUUUGGUUUACCAAUGAAUAAAGAACGGUACAAAAAAGUCGUUAAAGUGUGUGCAUUAAAAAAAGAUUUUGAACAAUUCCCGUACGGCGACAGAACGAUUGUCGGCGAUAGAGGAGUUUCGCUGAGUGGAGGACAAAGAGCCAGAAUAAACUUAGCUAGAGCCGUUUACAAACAAGCCGAUAUUUACCUGAUGGAUGAUCCAUUGUCGGCUGUCGAUACUCAUGUAGGCAAACACUUGUUCGAAAAGUGUAUUAAAGGAUUCUUAAAAGAAAAAACGUGUAUACUCAUUACUCAUCAAUUACAAUAUUUGACUAGCGUCGAUCAAAUUAUACUUAUGAAAAGUGGUAAUGUGUUAACUGAAGGCUCUUAUCAAGAACUCCAAGCAUCAGGAUUAGAUUUUACAAAACUUCUUGGUACUUCGGAAGAAAUCAAAGUAGUAUCCGACAGUGAAGACAAUGAAAAAAGUAGUAUCAACAAUGUGCUAAAUGUCAACACGAAAUUAUCUCGACAAAUAUCGGUUCAGAGUGUUGCGUCAUCUAUUGAAGAGAGUAAAAUAAAUGGUGCUCAACCCAUUGAAGUGGACGAGAGCCGGUCUUCCGGAAACAUUUCGCUGGAAGUUUAUUCUUCGUAUUUUUCUGCCGGUGGUAAUUGUUAUAAAAUAGGUUUUUUCCUCUUCAUGUGUGUGCUAACGCAAGUUUUAGCGUCCGGCGGAGAUUAUUGGAUCACUUAUUGGGUUAACUUGGAGGAACACGUUUUCCGUUCGACGCCCCUUUCGAGUGCAACAGGUAACGGGACCUUUGCCGAUACUAUGAGUGAGGAUACAUCGUUAAGUGGGUGGUUGUUGAGCCGAAAGACCUGUAUAAUCGUAUUUUCCACGCUCACAUUAUUAAUGAUCGUGGCCACUCUUAUCAGAUCAGCUACGUUUGUUUCGGUCUGUAUGAGCGCUUCGAUAAAUUUACACAAUCGCAUGUUCAACUCCAUCACAAGAGCCACUAUGUAUUUCUUCAAUACAAAUUCAUCAGGGAGAAUUCUUAAUCGCUUCUCAAAAGAUAUGGGCUCCAUCGACGAACUGUUACCAGUCGCAUUGAUGGAUUGCAUACAAAUUGGCUUGACUCUACUUGGUAUCAUCAUUGUCGUCGGAAUCGUUAAUGUUUAUCUUAUGAUACCUACUUUUAUUGUGGCAAUUAUAUUUUAUAAAUUGAGAGUAUUUUAUUUGGCGACUUCCAGAAGCGUUAAACGAUUGGAGGGAGUUACUAGAAGUCCUGUCUUUGCACAUUUGAAUGCAUCUCUACAAGGGUUAACAACGAUCCGUGCAUUCGAAGCGGAACAAAUACUUUCUAAAGAAUUCGACAAUCAUCAAGAUUUGCAUUCAUCGGCUUGGUAUUUGUUUAUAUCGACGAGUAGAGCAUUUGGCUUUUGGCUGGAUGUAGUUUGCUUAGUCUAUAUAAGUAUUGUCACGUUUAGUUUCCUAAUGAUAGGAAAUGAUAUAUAUGGAGGUAACGUCGGUCUGGCUAUAACUCAGGCUAUCGGAUUGACUGGUAUGUUCCAAUGGGGAAUGAGACAAUCCGCAGAGUUGGAAAAUCAAAUGACAUCUGUCGAAAGAGUGUUGGAGUAUACCAACACUCCGAAAGAAGCUGAUUUAGAAUCUACUCCAGACAAAAAACCACCAAAGGACUGGCCUAACAGGGGACAAGUCACCUUUAAAGAAUUGUACCUACGUUAUGGUCCAGACACUCCGGACGUGCUUAAAGAUCUAAACGUUAACAUCAAACCAAUGGAAAAAGUUGGCAUUGUCGGAAGAACCGGUGCCGGAAAAACAUCAUUAAUUAGUGCUCUGUUUCGAUUGGCUAUCAACAAAGGAUAUAUCAUCAUUGACAAUAUAGACAUACACGAACUCGGGUUGCACGACUUACGUUCUAAGAUAUCUAUCAUUCCUCAAGAGCCGGUGCUAUUUUCGGGUACAAUGCGAAAAAAUUUGGAUCCGUUUGACGAGUACUCAGAUCACGUUCUUUGGAGUGCUUUAGAAGAAGUUGAACUUAAAGACGCAAUUGAAGAUUUACCAGGAGGAUUAAACUCGAAGAUGUCCGAAGGCGGAUCAAACUUCAGUGUUGGUCAACGACAGUUAGUCUGUUUAGCCAGGGCUAUAGUGAGAAAUAAUAAAGUUUUAGUGCUAGAUGAAGCAACGGCUAAUGUUGAUCCGCAGACCGACGCUUUAAUUCAAAAUACUAUUAGAAAUAAAUUCCAAAAUUGCACAGUAUUGACCAUCGCUCACCGUUUAAAUACCGUCAUGGAUUCAGAUAAGGUGCUAGUCAUGGAUGGAGGAAAAAUGGUCGAAUUUGAUCAUCCAUAUAUCUUGCUGAACAACAACGAAGGAUACCUUUACAAAAUGGUCGAACAAACUGGAUCGGCUACAGCUGAUGUAUUACAUAGUGUCGCUACCGAGAACUACAGAAAAAUGCAGGCCACAAGAGAGUCGCCAAUCAGAUUAAUCGACGAAGAUACUGAAGAAGAAAAUAGAAAAAAUAAAUGAAUUCUUAGUGGUACAUCAAAGUUAUUUCCAAUGACAACUUGCCUUUUUAAAUGAAUACAGUUUUUUUUAGGUCUGUUGACCUAAGUGUUAAAAUAAAAUUGUUGUUGAUUAUAACAAUUGUUGUUUUAUGUCUUAAAUUAAGUUUAAAUAAAUCAAACAUGUACUUAUGUUUUAUAAAAUUACGCUUUACCAUUUAAUUGAAGUGCCUUUUAUUCUAUAAAACUUAAAUAAAAACACCUUACAUUUAUAAUUAUACAGAUUGAUUGUCUCGUUGUUAAAAGUAGUAUCGGCUAAAUGCAUGCUUUCGAGUAAAAUAAUGAUACUUGUCCUUAUACAUAUCUGCCUUGUAUUUUUUCCAUUGCUGCCACUUUUUACCAUAGCUUGGAUUAUUAUCUAUAUACUAAAAACUCAUACGAAUAAGUCAUAAUUUAUUGUAUCUGUUGAACUAUGUU